UGGCGGCGGAGGAGCAGGAGGAGGCCGGAGCCGGGAUGUCCGGGCAACAGCAGCAGCAACAGCCGCCGUCGCCGCAGCUCUCCUUGGCGGCCGCCGUUCCCCCGCCGGCGCCGGGGAUCCCCUCCGCCGCCGCCAGCCCCGGUCCCGCUCCGACCGCCGCGCUCCUGCUCCACCCGCCGCCGCCGCCGCCUCCGGCCACCGCGGCGCCGCCGCCGCCCGCCGCCAACACGGCCGGCAGCAGCGGGCCCGCGGCCGCGGGGGGCGGCGGUGCCGGCGCCGCGCUGGGCCUGCCGGCGGGGAGCGGCACCAGCGCCCCGGCGCCCUUCCCGCACGGAGACCCGGCCCUGAACGAACAGGAGAAGGAGCUGAAGCGGCGGCUGAAGAGGCUCUACCCGGCCGUGGACGAGCAGGAGACGCCGCUUCCCCGCUCCUGGAGCCCGAAGGACAAAUUCAGUUACAUCGGCCUCUCGCAGAACAACCUGCGGGUGCACUACAAAGGUCAUGGAAAAACUCCAAAAGAUGCUGCUUCUGUUCGAGCUACACAUCCUAUACCUGCAGCCUGUGGCAUAUACUAUUUUGAAGUUAAAAUUGUCAGUAAGGGAAGAGAUGGUUACAUGGGAAUUGGGCUUUCGGCACAGGGUGUGAACAUGAACAGACUACCAGGUUGGGAUAAACAUUCAUAUGGUUACCAUGGAGAUGAUGGACAUUCAUUUUGUUCCUCUGGAACAGGCCAACCUUACGGCCCAACGUUUACUACGGGCGAUGUCAUUGGUUGUUGUGUCAACCUUAUCAAUAACACCUGCUUCUACACCAAGAAUGGACACAGCCUGGGCAUCGCUUUCACAGAUUUGCCGCCAAACUUGUACCCUACAGUAGGGCUUCAAACACCAGGAGAGGUUGUGGAUGCUAAUUUUGGACAACACCCAUUUGUAUUUGAUAUUGAAGACUAUAUGCGAGAGUGGAGAACCAAAAUUCAAGCACAGAUUGACAGAUUUCCAAUAGGAGAUCGGGAAGGAGAGUGGCAAACAAUGAUUCAGAAAAUGGUAUCAUCUUACUUAGUUCACCAUGGAUACUGUGCAACAGCAGAGGCAUUCGCCAGAUCCACAGACCAGACUGUGCUAGAAGAAUUAGCUUCCAUUAAGAACAGACAAAGAAUUCAGAAAUUGGUUUUAGCAGGAAGAAUGGGAGAAGCCAUUGAAACAACACAACAGUUGUAUCCAAGUUUACUAGAAAGAAAUCCUAAUCUCUUAUUUGCAUUAAAGGUGCGCCAGUUCAUAGAGAUGGUGAAUGGUACAGACAGUGAAGUGCGGUGUUUGGGAGGCCACAGUCCAAAAUCUCAAGACAGUUACCCUGUUAGCCCACGGUCAUUCAGUAGUCCUAGCAUGAGUCCGAGCCAUGGAAUGAAUAUUCACAAUUUGGCAACAGGCAAAGGGAGCAGCACACACUUCACAGGGUUUGAAAGUAGUUGCAGUAACGGAGUAAUAUCAAAUAAAGCGCAUCAGUCUUACUGUCACAGUAAACACACAACCACCAGCUUGAAUGUACCAGAGCUCAACAACAUAAAUGUAUCCAGAUCACAGCAGGUUAACAGCUAUUCCAGCAAUGAUGUAGACAUGGAAACAGAUCACUACUCCAAUGGGGUUGCUGAGACUUCAUCCAAUGGCUUCCUAAAUGGUAGUUCUAAACAUGAUCACGAAAUGGAAGAAUGUGACACAGAAAUGGAAGUAGAUUCGAGUCAGUUAAGACGCCAGCUAUGCGGUGGCAGCCAAGCAGCCAUUGAAAGGAUGAUCCAUUUUGGAAGAGAAUUGCAAGCAAUGAGUGAGCAGCUAAGAAGAGAAUGUGGCAAAAACACAGUGAAUAAGAAAAUGCUCAAGGAUGCAUUCAGUUUACUUGCAUAUUCCGAUCCCUGGAGCAGCCCUGUUGGAAAUCAGCUUGACCCCAUACAAAGAGAACCAGUGUGCUCUGUGCUGAAUAGUGCAAUACUAGAGACUCACAAUCUGCCAAAGCAACCCCCGCUUGCCCUCGCCAUGGGACAGGCGUCACAGUGUCUAGGAUUGAUGGCCCGGUCAGGAAUUGGAUCCUGUGCGUUCGCCACAGUGGAAGACUACCUACACUAGCUAUGCAU